AUGCCACCCCAGCCAGUAGGAGCUGCGGAGGCAGCCAGCAGUACGGGCAAAUGCGCGCUGAGAUCGGCCACUCCGGCGACACCUACCAUCCCCACUAACCCUAAGCCUGAUCUUAUAAUACCAAUGACAGUCAAGGUAAAGAUGAUUGAUGAUGCAGUAAAGGUACUCCAGAAACAUAAAUUAGUCGACGAGGGCUCCCCAGAGCUGCAGAGCCUGGUCACCGGCCUGGGUAAACUCGCACAGAUUGCUACUAAAGCUUCAGUGAUGGUCGACAUAAUCACCGCUUUUGCUCACUAUGCCAGCAUGCUCACUGUAGAAGAAGCUGCCAGCAGAAUUGUCGAGCAAGUAGUUCACAGGACCUACCAAGCCUUUGAUCGGCUAGAAGAGACAGCCACGCAAUUGGAUCAGAUAGAAACUCAAUACAAGGUCCAUGCAGACACGACAGGUCACCUCCUGAAGAAACUAGCCGAAGAGCAUAAGAAGCUUGGAGAGAGAACCGUGCAGUUGGAAGAGGCAGCCAAGAAGAUGCUGCAGGCAUAG